CUUCUCUGGGACUCUACCCUGGGGACUGCCCACAUCUUCUCCCGACUCUGGGGGCAGGGGGGUCACUGCCCCAAGGAACCUCCUGCGAUGGAAGCCGCCCGCCUGCUGCCCAACUUCACUCUGUGCCUGCAGCUACUGAUUCUCUGCUGUCAAACUCAGGGGGAGAAUCACCCGUCUCCUAAUUUUAACCAGUACGUGAGGGACCAGGGCGCCAUGACCGACCAGCUGAGCCGGCGGCAGAUCCGUGAGUACCAGCUCUACAGCCGGACCAGCGGCAAGCACGUGCAGGUGACCGGGCGUCGCAUCUCCGCCACCGCUGAAGACGGCAACAAGUUCGCCAAGCUCAUAGUGGAGACGGACACCUUUGGGAGCCGGGUGCGCAUCAAGGGGGCUGAGAGCGAGAAAUACAUCUGCAUGAACAAGAGGGGCAAGCUCAUCGGAAAGCCCAGCGGGAAAAGCAAAGACUGCGUGUUCACGGAGAUUGUGCUGGAGAACAACUACACGGCCUUCCAGAACGCGCGGCACGAGGGCUGGUUCAUGGCCUUCACGCGGCAGGGCCGGCCGCGCCAGGCCUCGCGCAGCCGCCAGAACCAGCGGGAGGCCCACUUCAUCAAGCGCCUGUACGAGGGCCAGCUGCCCUUCCCCAACCAGGUCGAGAGGCAGAAGCAGUUCGAGUUCGUGGGCUCGGCCCCCACCCGCCGGACCAAGCGCACGCGGAGGCCUCAGCCCCGGACGUAGUCAGGGACG